CUCGGAGCCUGACGUGAUUAUUAUGGACUCUUUUAUGAAACUGACAGUGCACAGCUACCUUAAUGAUGAAAGGUCAACGUUGUCGUACUCUGCUGCAACACUGGAGCUCGGGCGCGACCUAGCUCAUGCAGCCUUGUCUAAUCUCGGAUGGAAAAAAACCGUCUGUUUCCUUUAACAAACGCCUGUUCGCAGCACUGAAGCAUGACCGACUAUACCAAUUCAGUGUGAGCCCACCGCAGGUCGAUACACCGGCGCCUCGGACACAUGUUCUCAAGGACUGGGGGGUUCCCCCAAGUGACGAAGAAGCAUUGGCGCUUGAAGCCCUCGAGGAGUUUAUACAUCCCAACUUGGAAGCUCCCUGUGCUCGUCCUGCCCGAAAGCGCCCUGCACCGCAGGAUUCGCGCCCAGACAUCCGUGAUUCACAAUCACGGCAGACCGCGCACUCCUCAACAUAUGAAGUAUCUCUAGAACCACCCACGAAGCGACCCAGAUAUGAUAUCGCCUCCAUUUCAAACUUGAUACCCCAGGUCUUGAGAAUUUGUUCAGUUUACCUUCACCCCGGCUUACGAUUUGCAGCCUCAUUAUGUCCCAGGGCCGCCUGGCUUAUUCCUGUACGUGGCGUCCUACCAUGGGACGAUGCUACCUGUGCCACCAUCCUGGAACCCCCACAAGUUCCACAGGGAGAUGAUACUCCUCCGCUUCCCUCUGGACCUGCACCACUACGCGACGGAAUCUCAAGAAUUACCUGGACUCAUCAUUCGAUCGUGCACUUCUGGCAAUUCCUGAUAUCCAUUCAGCAAGCUGAAAAUCUUGGGUCCAUCUCGAUUGGCUUCCAUAGCGCACCGUCGGAUGCCGCAUUUACACUCGACAGUGCGCUCGGCUUAACGGCUGGAAGUGGCAAUCGGCCUGUUCAACCUGCACAAGCAGGGAGAUCCGCUGAUCUUUCCGAUGGCUUAUCGGAUCAGGUCCGUCACGCACAACUAGAAGCAACGGACUUUAUCAAGGUGUAUCAUGAUACCAAGUACUCGUUUCACCUCCGAAAUAUUCUGGACGCCUACAUGUAUAUUCCUGGAGAAGCCGCAUUAGAGAGAAGACAUCCAUCCGAUUGUGAAAUAGCGGGAUUAAUGACGAAGAUCAGGCUGCUGAAAUUAGCACGACUUGUAAUUUUCGACGAUCGAUCCAGAGCUGUCUUAUUGUCCUGA